AUGAACGAGCAACUCUUUACAUCGGAAGUCGAAGCACUUCUCGCGCGCCAUUUCCAGCAUCGUUUGUGGUCUAAGCUGCACAGAAUACUUGACCACUGCGAACCGACUAUUGUGAAAACAUGGGCUGACUCAAAGCCAUGCCAGGUCAAGCCUUUACUGAAGACCAUCGUUUCUCGCAUAGCGACGGAUCCUCUGGCUAUCUAUGUACUUCUACAGUUGUCCGCAAACAAGGCACUUUUCGACAUCGUGGCUCGCGAGGAUUCUGCCAUCCUCGAGACGCUGUGCAUCAAACAGCUGGAGCAUAUUUCGACGAUACCCGCAGCGUCUAACGCGACCGCCGAAGCUGGGUCACACCUGGGACCAUUCGCACCAUGGAAGCAGUCUCGCCUGCUACACGUACUUCCCUCGGGCGUGGCCCCACCGACUUCGUACUAUGCCAUGCUGGAAGCCCUCCUCAUAGGAGAUGAGUCUGAGCCAAUAACUUCAUGGCGCCAAAGAGUGUAUACCUUCCUCUCCGAAGCGUCCCUGGAGACUCUUUCGAACUUAAGCGACAAGACGAUAGUCACUUGUGUGCAUCGAUGGUCCGACUUAGGUCGCUCGAAAGACCAGCUCGAAGGCAUCUACGCUGCCUACAUAGCGAGUCGUCUACAACGCCACCAGCAGAGCAUCUGGCAAGACGCAAGUUCCGCUGGAUCGUGCCUAGCUAUAAACCCGAGCUUACGUGCAUGGAUCGAGAAAUGCGCGCACCUGUUUCGAGCUGACAACGCCAUGGUCACCGUCUCCCAAGCCAUGGCUCGAGUGCUCAAUGCUAUCCGCGAUGAGCGCUAUUGGGAGGCUGAGGGCAUCAGCACAGCUAUCAUGCUUGCCAAGUCCGUGCUCACCGUCGCUAUGGUUUCGCCAGACUUUCGCUGGAACACCACGGCAAGCAGCGUGAUGUGUAAAUUGGCGCAGAAGUUAGCAACAGUGGGGCCCAGGCUGCAACUGGCGUGUCUUUCUGUCCUCGGACUGUCGGACGUCAAGAGCUUGCUUCCAGAGCUGGCGCAAGCCAUUCGCAUCGUCAUCCGUGCGGUCACAGAGGGCCAUAUCGAGGACAACGGUGGACCUGGGGUCAUACUGCAGGUCAUCGAUAGAUACAUCGAACCUCUGCAAAUGAUGCAGCCUCACAUCUCGAUUGAGUCGUUUCUCAAAGAACUUGUUCAGUUCAUCAUUCAGCAAUGCCGGCCCCACCGACCGACGACGAACAACAAAAUCAAAAUGAUAAAGCAAGCGUCUGCCUUUGUGGACACAUUGCGAGAGAACGAAUAUGCGCCACAGCUCACGACUGCCUUCCUGCAGAUCGUUCAGGCGAUUCAUGGCCUCCCGGAGUGGUGGGCUUUGGACUGGUCAACGCCAGGUUCGCCAGAGAAUUGCUGCGGACUUGUCGCUUGCGUUCACUAUGAGGAAAUGCUCAGGCAGAAGCUGCGAAACGAUUUCUCUGCACUAGUCCUCACCAAGGCAUCCGCCAACGAGAUCCAACUACCUGCACAAAUGGUUGAAGUUCUGGUCCAACAAUGCUCUCAAGUAGCACGCCCUGACUCCGACAUGUUUUGUGCGUACCAGCCAUUUAUUGCUCAGCAGCACAUUCCUCAUUCGCCCCUCGACGAUCCGGUAACGGCCAACAACUGGCGCGACUGUUUAGAGACUUCGCUGGGUCGCUCCAAUGCCAGUAUCAGCAGCCUCCUGGAGGACAUCGUCAACCAGCUCGAGCAGAACCUGUCAGACGCCACAACGGAAAACCGUAGAUUGAACGAUGCACUCCAGACCGAGCAACAGCACCGAGCCGGAAGCGAUGCAGACUUGGAAACACUAAGGUCGUCAAAUUUGGCCCUUGAACAACAGCUGGCGGAAGCAGUCGAGCAAGCGAAAGAAGCGCAGGUCAGCCUAGAAACAGCGAAAUUAGAACGUCAGCAGCUGAUGGAAGAAAACGAGCGCAAUGCUGCUGCAGAUCUCGAACACGUUGAGCGAAAGCAUGCAAAUGAGCAGCUGAGACUGGAAUCGCUCCUUCAGUCGCAGACUCAGGCUAACACGGCUCUAGAGGCUCAGACGACCUGGCUCAGAGAGCAGAUGGAAGAAGCCAAAGCAGACUUGGAAACAGAACACGACCGCAAAGUCCAGGGCUUGCAACGCGAUUUCGAUACUAAGAGGUCAGAGCUCGAGGAGCAGACCAAGACACUUCGAUCUGAGCUCUCCUCGCGCAGUGCUGAUAUCGACAAACUGAACGAGAGCCUCGCCACCAAGGACCAGGCGAUGGCUUCUCUUCAGCAGCAAUACAAAGAGACCGCGAAUAACGUAUCAAGCCUCGAGUCCGAAUUGUCUGAGGAGAAGGAGAAGUCCGGCGAUUUGAACGAGAAACUCACAGAGGCCACCACUGCCAAUGAGCAGCUCGCCAGCGAACUAGGCGAUCGCGAAGCUGAGCUCGAAGAACAGACUCAGCGUGCAGCAGAGCUGGAGGCAUCAGCCUCGCAUUGGCGGCAACGAUGCGCUGCGGCGGAGAAGUCGCUGACUGAGGCGAGGCAGCGUGAGGAAGGCAUCCAGGCGCUGCUUCGUGGCGCGGGCGGUGGUAUGCUUGGGAUGAGUAAGACUCCCUUAAGCAAGCCUGCUCUGAGCAAUCGACGGCACACUUCGGCUGUGCUGCUGAGCGGGAUCGUCAAUUCUGAGGAUGACACAGACUAUUUCCAGGACGAGAUCGUUGAGUUGGGUCAGUAA